CGGCGACACAUAUGCCCGACGGACACGACGACGUGCGCGACAUUGUGCGACAUCCCAAAAUAUGACUUCGCCCCGCGGCCGCGACUGAUAGCCGUCGUCGGCGCUUCGCCGUCGUGUGGUCGUUUCUCUCUCUUUCUUUCUUUACCUUUUUCCUUCUCUCCAACUCCUGGAAUUCUCGCUCGCUCACUCGCUCGCACGCACGCACGUACGUGAGAGAGCGAGUCCGAGAACGCGUCUUAGCGGACUGACGGCUUCGUCGCCGUCGUCGUUCGUUCUCGACCGAUCGAGAGUGCAGGCAAGCCCGCGAGAGAGCCGAAAGCGAGACAACAAUAACAACUACCCACGUCUGAGGAAAAGUGCGCGCUACGUUGCACAGCGCAACGUGUCGCUGUGCUGUGCGUUCCUGCCCUUUUGUACCUUUGGCUCCGCUGCGAAACUGCCAUGAUAACUGCUGCUGCUGCUGCUGCGCGUCCCUAUAUCGCGACACAAUAGGCUCGUCGCUAGUGUCCUAGCUCAUAGGCUGCCCGACCGUGCAAGAUGCGAGUGGUUUAUUCUCCGGAGAGCAUCCUCGCGUGAAAGUCAGUGUCGCAGAAUGGUGGUGGAUUGCUAUUCGAUUCAGGCUUCAGCAACUAUAGGAAGAAAGCAGGAGCGAAGGUUAGGUUGCACAGUGGGUGCAAAGAUGCAAACGAAUACCGGUGGUGGAGGAGGUGGAAUGACACCUAAAGAGCUUUGCGAUAAUGAUGACCUGGCCACGUCUCUUGUGUUAGAUCCCUACUUAGGAUUCGUCACACAUAAAAUGAAUAUUAGAUAUAGACCAUUGAAGGCAAACAAGGAUGAACUCCGGAAAAUUAUCUGUGAAUUCAUCCAGAAUCAAAAUUAUGAAAAGGCUUACAAGAAAUUGAUGGGUGGGGACUGGGGUGCACGGCUUCCUCAUACAAAAUCCAAACAGCAGCAAAUCAAUCUGGAAAACCAUGUUAAGAGAUACUUGCGAGUUUUUGACAAGGAAUCUGGAUUCGCAAUAGAGCCAUGCUACAGAUACAGUUUAGAGGCACAAAAGGGUGCCAAAAUAUGUGCCACUCGCAAGUGGCUGAAAAACGAGAAGAUUUCUUGCCUCGUCGGUUGCAUAGCAGAGCUUAGUGAAAAGGAGGAAGCCGCAUUGCUACACCCUGGCAAGAACGACUUUUCCGUAAUGUUCAGCUGCCGGAAAAACUGCGCCCAAUUAUGGCUGGGACCUGCUGCCUACAUAAACCACGACUGCAGAGCAAACUGCAAGUUCGUGCCGACGGGAAGGGACACGGCUUGCGUCAAAGUGUUGCGCGAUAUUGAGGUGGGCGAGGAGAUCACUUGCUUCUAUGGAGAGGAUUUCUUUGGCGACAAUAACUGCUACUGCGAAUGCGAGACAUGUGAGAGGCGAGGUACCGGCGCGUUCGCGAGUCAGAAGCCGGGCGAGGAACUGUCGUCAGGUUACCGCUUGAGGGAAACUGAUAACCGAAUCAACCGGACGAAACAUCGGCAGCAACCGUUGAACAGAAACAAGCAGCAGGCCGAUACCGCUCUCACCGAGCGGAACGCAGUUUUGGUCGGGAACGUGGCGGUCGCACCGCAGUCUCUCAGUAUGAAGGAGCUGCGGCGCAAAGGACUCACCAAGUACGACGCCGAGUUGCUGAUCGCGCAAGGCUGUCGCUUCUCGGACAUCAAUCAGCAGCAGCAGCCAGCCAUCAACAACGGCGAGAAUGUGCUACAGACCAGACCUCACCCCUCCGCUUUGACCAGCACUUCCGUUACAAGGAACCUCCGGAAUAAGCAGAUGGGCAAGUUUGAUGGCAGCACCGCUGACGGGAGCGCCAUUAAAACUACUCAGCCGCUUAGAGCGCCUAGGCUUCACAAGAGAACGGAAUCGAAAAAGGGCAAGCUCACCGUAAAAUCCCGGUCCCCGUGUCUCAGCAAUUCGGUAAUCAAGGAUACGGAAGUGGCAGACAUCGGUCAUCGUAAGGAGGACUCCGACAGAGUGCCGGUGCACGAGGAGAGUCUGUACUCGCGAUUACAGAAGCAGAUCCACUCGUUGAACGCGGAGAUGGAGCACGGUUUCUGCGUGGAGGAGCCGCGGCGCACCGUCGUGACGGAAUCCUCGAGCGAGGGUUCGUCCUUCCAACGAGAGUGUCCGUUGCGACUGACGGAGGUGUCGGAGAACACCAGCGAGUCCAACGGCGACUCGGUUGAGGAAGAGCGGGCGAUACCGGACCUCAUCGCGGAAGUCGACGCUCUUAAGCCAGUAGAUAACGUUAAUUCUUCCAAUUACAAAAAGGGACAUUAUAGUACAAACGCCUGUGAUUCAAUCCGACUUAGUUCCACGUCUCAAGUCCACGUACAAUGCUUACACACUGCAGAACUGUUACCCGAGGAGGGCACAUCGUGCCAAUCGAGGGACAGUCGCGCUUCGUCGCCCGUGCGGGAUAACGAGAGCGAGAACGAUUUACGCGGCUCGACCGAGCGAGCGAGUUGCGUGAGCAAACGUUCCAAGUCUCACAGCAGGCAGUUCGUCUCGUCGGACGAGCAAGAGAGUCGCAAGAUGCUACCGAGCGAGGAAUCGUCUUGCGUAUUCCAAGACGAGGACACCUCACCGUCGAUCGGCGAGAGAGCUUCGCCCCCCCAGGUGGACUUUCGCGAGAGCGACGCGCGAGUGGUCGAGACGAGUCGAUCGGACGAUGAAGGCUGCGACGAGACGAGCCCCGCCAAGGUAAUCGUGAUGCAGAAGUACACUGUGGGCCGACAAGUGGAGAGUGAGAACUGCGGGAGCGCGAUCGUCGCAGUGGACAACGCGAAUCCGGCGGCUCGCUCGGACAGUGUCGAGUUUAGUGGACUGAACCCCGAGGGAAUAGACAUAGAGACAGCAGCGCCGACCGGGAACGUUUUCAAGUGCCGUGAUAGUUCGAUGCUGCCCAGCCAAGAAGGGCAAACCUGCUUCUUGACGAGAAGCGACGACGCGUACGUUGGCGGCGGCGUGGAGACAUGUGACAUCGUGGUCAAGCCCGACGCGACGGCGUUACGUUCUGCUGACGACGUCGACGUCAGGCUGAAUUUCAGCGAAGGCAGUGGCGCACCGGCGGACUUCGGGAGCAUGCAAGCUGCGAACUACAACGACUUGACCGGUCACACGAGUUUGGACGAGAACGUUCGCGAGUUCAGCUCGAAGAGGUCGUCGUCCAAACGGAAAGACGCGUCGGACGGCUCCUCGAGAUCUCGCAAAUCGCAGAAGAGACUCUCGAGCGGCAAGUCCAAGUCCAAGCACAGCGUGUUGUUGGACGAUGCUGGUCAGCACGCAGCAAGCGACGGUGUGAGCGUCAAGAGUCACAGCAAGGCGAGCAAGAGCAAGAACCGAUCGACCAGAAGCCAGAGGAGGGAUCGCCAGAGGUCGGCGACCGCUGAGAUCGGGGAGGCCGACGACGACUCAGGUAUCCAGGGCGACAUCUACGAGUUCAGCGAGAAGGAGAGCAACCUGGAGGACAUCGGUAUACUGUCCAUCAUAAGACGCGGCGGCAAGCACGAGACUCGUCAUCAUGCCUCCUCGAUCUCGUCGCAUCUGCAGGAGAUGCAGUGCAACGAGGACUAUAGCAAGACCGAGCCGCCGGUGCUCGUCCCGGAGGAGCCGUGGCCGCCGGCCACGGAUCCGAGUCGAAGCGAGCACCACGCCACGGACACCAAUAACGGUGUUCAGUCGGGAGCGAACUGCGACGUCGAAACGAGCCUGGACAGACUGGCAGCCUACGACGAGAACAGCAGAGCGCGCAAAUCCUCGACCCCAUCCGAGUGCCAAUGGCGAACGAGCAGUUCCGACUGCCGGGUUUGUCCCGUCACGCCAGAGAGAACCGGUGGGCGGCUAAAGCUAACGUUGCGCAUGAAGCGGUCGCCGGUGCUGGACGAUAUCGCCGAGUCCGGCACCAGCCUGAGCGAAGACAGCUAUGAGCCGGAGUACGAAGUAUUGCGCGUCGAGGGGGUGGAAAGGAGUAAACGCCGGAAAAAGCAUAAAAGCAGAAGCCACGAGAGGGGGCAUAAGAAACGCGACUACCCGCCGCCCAUGAAGAGGUUACGCCUGAUCUUGGGAAACGAGACACACACCAUCGACUUGCCGCACUCUUAACAGCUAUAAUUUCUCUCCCCCUUUUCCCGCUCCCCCGCAUCAUCUCCCGUGUCCCCUGGCCUAGUCGUGAGGGUGCACGUGUAAUAUCAGUUUGUUUACGGACGAGCUACCUUUCUAAGUAUAAUUAAAAGAAGAUUACACAGGACACACAUACACAUGCAAAACUAGGCCUCCUCGUCCUGCGACGCAUGACAGCGAGUUCUCACGUCGCACUUGAAAAAUACCUUUCGCGAACAAAUUCGGUUUAGAGGUAGAACUAGCUGCAUUUCCCUUCUCUCUCUCUCUCUCUCUCUCUCUCUCUCUCUCU